AUGGCUGAUAUCAAAACAUGCCCACCCCUCUCGCCAGAUUCUAUCCGAGCGGCACACGCUCUGAUCGGCCCAAACAUUCAUCAUACCCCAGUGGUAACUUCAGAGACCCUCAAUCGCAUUGCCUCAUCUCCCCAGGCAGCAUCUGCAUUGAAGGGAACGGUAUUCGAAGACCAGCGCCCUGCAAAACCAAUUUUCCGUCUUUACUUCAAAUGUGAAAACUUUCAGAAAAUAGGCGCAUUCAAAGCACGCGGCGCUUUCCAUGCUUUGAUGAGAUUGUGUGAUCAGAUUGGUGUUGAUGAAGUCCGCAAGCGAGGCGUGACAACUCAUAGCUCUGGUAGAAGCCGCUCUGGUAGAAGCCAUACACUCACAUUGAAAGCACUGGUAGCUAACUCACAUCUUCUGGCAGGAAACCAUGCCCAAGCUCUCGCUCUCGCUGCUUCGACUUUGGGCGUGCCUGCUCAUAUCGUUAUGCCUUCCAUCUCGACACCUUCCAAGAUUGCCGGCACCAAUUCGUAUGGUGCCCAUGUUGUCUUCAGUGGCUCUACAGAGCCAGAGCGGGUGGCUGUCGUUCAAGAUAUAAUCCGGCAGACGGGUGCCAUCCUCAUUCCACCUUAUGACCACCCCGAUAUAAUUCUGGGACAAGGCACAGCGGCACUGGAACUUGAAAGCCAGGUCAUUGAUUUGUUGAAACGAUCCCCCGGCAAGGGCGACAUUAAGAAAGAUCACCCUCUCGAUGCAGUAUUGACCCCGCUGGGUGGUGGUGGUUUGCUGGGCGGAAGUGCGAGCUACUUUUCUCAUACGCCAUCGACUCGCGUUUUUGGUGCUGAGCCUUCGUUUGAGGGAGGUGAUGAUGGUCGGCGCGGACUUGCUGCUGGAUCUAGAAUCCCUACUGUUAGUACCCUUACUAUCGCGGAUGGAUUGCGGACGCCAGUUGGGGAGAUCAAUUGGACUGUUAUUUACGAUAACAAAAAGGUUCAAGGGAUCUUCGCUGUGACGGAGAAUCAAAUUAAAGAGGCGAUGAAACUGGUGCUCGAGAGAAUGAAGCUCUUCAUUGAGCCAAGUGCUGCUGUACCCGUCGCUGUGGUUUUGUUUGCCGAGGAGUUCCGAAGGAUAGUUGAAAGGGAGGGUGGAGAGGAGGGUUGGGAUGUUGGGGUUAUUCUAUCUGGGGGAAACACCACAGUGGAAGCUAUACAGAAGCUGUACAGAGAGGAUUAG